CUCAACUAACAAAACUUAGUGACAUAAAAUCGGAUUACAAAAAUAUUUUCGUAACAGGCUUGGUCAUAAUGAAGAGUGAACCCAAGUUUUUCUUUACGAAACAAUUUCCUGAAUGUCGUGGAGUUAUAUUAUUCACAGUACGAGAUUCAGAAAUACAUUUUGUAAAUUGUAAAUGUUGGGGUUCUAAAGAAAAAGUAGAAUACUAUAAUGAUAAUAUUAAAAUUGGUGAUAUUGUAGACGUUAUUAGCCCUAAAAUCGUUUGUCAACUAAACACCACUCAACAGACGGUGACUUCCAUGCGUUUUCAUCCAUUUACUACAUUGCCUUUUCUAUUUGUACUUAACGAAAAUGAAUCUUAUAUCAACAAACAUGAACACACAUCGUUUUUUUAUGAGGAAUUACAUAAACUUAAAAAUGUUUCACAUAAACCAUUAAAUAGUUGUCUUAAGUUAUCUGAUUUACAAUUUUUAGUGAACAAAAAUCGUCCCCAUGAUCAGUUUAUUGAUUUGUUGGUUGUUGUUGCUGCUCUUCGAUCUGUAAAAAAAUUUAAAAGUUCACGCACUGGUCAGCUACUACAGUGUCUGGAAGUAGCUGUAGUAGAUGCCAGCAAUAUUAGUGGUUUUUUACUUACUGUUUGGCAUAACGAAUGGAUUCAACGGGCCCAACAAUUAUGGAAGGCUAGGAAAACCAUUUUGCAUUUAGUCGAUAUUAAAGUUUCCUACUCAAAUUUCUAUAAAAAUACAACUUUAAAUAUUACAUCUUGUUCUCUAAUUUAUGAGAAUCCUCAAGGUACUGAAGCUGAUCAAUUACAAAAAUUUGCUUUGACUGCACCAGCAAACCACUUCGAUCUCUUUGCUCAAAUUGAUAACAGAAAUUUACCAGAUCCGAACAAUAUUAUAAACCAAAUGACUGUCAAACAAAUUUAUGCUCGCACUGAAGGAGAUCUUGCAGACAAGACCGAUGAAUUUACAGCAGUAUUGUAUGCAAUGGUGACAAGAUUUGAUAUUGAUGGGCAAUCUAUAAUAAUAAGUAAAAAGUGCAAAGCUUGUCAUCGAUUGUUGUCAUCCGCAGCAGUUGAAUGUGAAUCUGACCAAUGUCAGUUACCUUUUUCGUUAAAUUACAAUAGUGAGAAAUACGAGUAUUUCUUUAAUAUCCCAAUGCAUCUUUCGGAUCACACUGGCACAUUGCUAGAGGCGCGGUUAAGUGGACAGAUCGCAGAAAAUAUACUUGGUGUGGACACUCUACAAUUUAAAAAUAUGGACGAUAAGCAAAAGGAAAUUUUAAAAUGGCGAUUUUUAAUGUCUCAUGUUGAAGCGAAACUUUUAGUCAAGAAACCAACUGCCUUAAGGAAGAAUUUAGCAAUUGUUAUAGUGGAUUUGAAAAAAAUCAGUUUAGAAACUGUUUCUGAAAAAAUAGUUGUAUUUUAAGCAAAUAUAUGUAUAUAUGU